AUGUGGCCUUUGUUCCCCGCGACUCCCUGCGGGACCGCGGCGCAGCCACUUCUGGCCCGAAAAGCGGGACCUCGAGGCCCUCCUGGUCCCCAAGGACCACCUGGGAAGCCCGGCAAGGAUGGCAUUGAUGGAGAAGCUGGUCCUCCAGGUCUGCCCGGGCCCCCGGGACCAAAAGGAACCCCAGGGAAGCCUGGGAAACCAGGAGAGGCGGGUCUGCCAGGACUGCCUGGUGUGGACGGUCUGACUGGGAAGGAUGGACCCCCUGGACCCAAAGGCGCCCCUGGAGAACGGGGAAAUCUGGGACCCCCAGGACCACCUGGGCUAGGGGGCAAGGGACUCCCCGGACCCCCUGGAGAGGCAGGAGUGAGUGGCCUACCAGGUGAAAUUGGCCAGAGAGGCCCCCCGGGACCCUCUGGACUCCCAGGCCUGCCUGGACCCCCAGGACCUCCAGGACCUUCUGGACAUCCUGGGGUCCUCCCUGAAGGCGCCACUGACCUGCAGUGCCCUGCCAUCUGCCCACCAGGCCCCCCAGGCCCCCCAGGAAUGCCAGGGUUCAAGGGACCCACAGGCUACAAAGGGGAGCAGGGCGAAGUUGGUAAAGAUGGUGAGAAGGGGGACCCUGGGCCCCCUGGACCUGCUGGCAACCCAGGCACUGUGGGGCUACAGGGCUCCCGAGGAUUGCGAGGACUGCCAGGGCCACUCGGGCCCCCUGGGGACCGGGGUCCCAUUGGGUUCCGAGGGCCCCCUGGAAUCCCAGGAGCACCAGGGAAAGUGGGUGACAGAGGCGAGAGGGGCCCAGAGGGAUUCCGUGGUCCCAAGGGUGACCUCGGCAGACCUGGUCCCAAAGGAAUCCCUGGGGUAGCUGGGCCAGGUGGAGAGCCGGGCAUGCCAGGCAAGGAUGGCCGGGAUGGCAUAGCUGGACUCGAUGGCGAGAAGGGAGAGGCUGGUCGCAAUGGUGCCCCAGGAGAGAAGGGUCCCAGUGGGCUGCCAGGCCUCCCCGGACGAGCAGGGUCCAAAGGCGAGAAGGGAGAAUUGGGCAAAGCUGGGGAGCUGGGUGAGGCUGGCCCCUCUGGAGAGCCAGGCGUCCCUGGAGACGUUGGUGUGCCUGGGGAACAAGGCGAGGCUGGUCACAGGGGCUCAGUGGGGGCUCUUGGCCCACAAGGCCCUCCUGGGGUCCCUGGCAUCCGCGGCUUCCAGGGUCGGAAGGGCAACAUGGGAGAUCCUGGCCUUCCAGGUCCCCAAGGCCUCCGAGGUGAUGUGGGUGAUCGGGGCCCUGGAGGCGCUGCAGGCUCUAAGGGAGACCAGGGUAUCGCGGGUGCCGACGGCCUUCCCGGGGACAAAGGAGAGCUGGGUCCCAGUGGCCCCGUUGGACAAAAAGGCGAGUCUGGCAGUCGAGGGGAACCAGGCCCCAAAGGCAUCCAGGGACCCAAUGGCACCAGUGGUGUCCAGGGUGUCCCUGGCCCCCCAGGGCCCCUGGGCCUCCAGGGCGUGCAGGGCGUCCCCGGCAUCACUGGGAAACCAGGAGUUCCGGGCAAGGAAGCCAGUGAGCAGCGCGUCAGGGAGCUGUGUGGGGGAAUGAUAAGUGAGCAAAUUGCACAGUUAGCCACACACCUGAGAAAGCCAUUAGCACCGGGCUCCAUCGGUCGGCCUGGUCCAGCUGGCCCCCCAGGGCCCCCAGGCCCCCCAGGCUCCAUCGGCCACCCUGGCGCUCGAGGGCCCCCCGGAUAUCGUGGUCCCACUGGGGAGCUUGGAGACCCUGGACCCAGAGGAAGCCAAGGUGACAGAGGAGACAAGGGUGCAGCAGGCGUGGGGCAGGAUGGGCCUGCUGGGGACCAGGGGCUCCAAGGGCCUCAAGGCGUGCCCGGCAUCAGCAAAGAUGGCCGAGAUGGUGCUCAUGGCGAGCCUGGGCUUCCCGGCGACCCUGGCCUUCCCGGUGCCGUAGGGGCUCAGGGGACUCCAGGGAUUUGUGACACCUCAGCCUGCCAAGGAGCCAUGUUAGGAGGAGGUGGAGAAAAGUCAGGUCCUCGGAGCUCAUGAAAGAAAGAGAACAUACGGAAGUAACAAUGACGAUUUAAGCAGUGCCUCCAAUGGGGCAGCCCGGGAU